AUGCCUAUCCGCACAUAUUUUGACAUUGAUAUCGAUGGUCGGCGCGAAGGCCGAGUAGUUUUUGAAUUGUUCGAUCAUGUUGUACCAAAAACUGCAGAAAAUUUUCGUGCUCUUUGUACAGGAGAAAAGGGUAUUGGCGCAUCAGGAAAACCAUUACAUUAUAAAGAUUCUAUAUUUCAUCGAGUGAUUAAGAAUUUUAUGUGCCAAGGUGGUGAUUUCACCAAUGCCAAUGGUACUGGUGGUGAAAGCAUUUAUGGUGAAAAAUUUGAAGAUGAGGCUUUUGAAUAUAAGCAUGAACAACCCUUUCUCCUGUCGAUGGCGAAUGCCGGUCCUAACACGAAUGGAUCCCAAUUUUUCAUCACCACAAAUAAAGCCGAUCAUUUGGACGGAAAACAUGUGGUUUUUGGUAAAGUAAUCAAAGGUAAAUCCAUUGUUCGUGCCAUUGAAGCUGUAAAUACUGCAGGAGAGACUCCAGUAAAAACUAUCAAAAUUGCUGAUUGUGGAGAAUUAAAGGAAGGUGAAGAUGACGGCAUACCACAACUAGAAGAUGGGGACAUCUAUGAAGACUGGCCUGAGGAUCAAGAAGGAACCUUAGAACCAAAUGAUCUGCUUGAGAUCGCAAAGAAAUUAAAAGAGAUCGGUAACGAUUAUUUCAAAAAGUCUCAAUAUGAUAUCGCGAUCAAGAAAUAUUCAAAGAAUUCAGGUUCUGAUGAUGAAGAUGAUUCAGCAAACCUUCCUGAUGGAUUUUAUGAAUUAAAAAUUCCAUGCUACCUAAACAAAGCUGCAUGUUCACUUAAGUUGAACGAGUGGGGUGAUGUCGCUCAAGCCACAAAUAUAGUACUGGAAAUGCCUGAAAAAGUGUUGUCACCUAUAGACCGUGCUAAAGCAUUAUAUAGACGCGGUUGUGCUAAAGUUGGUAUGAAAGAUGAAGAAGAUGCGAUUAAAGAUUUGCAAGAAGCCGCCAAAUUAAAUCCAAAUGAUCCAGCCAUUACUAGAGAAUUGACUGUUGCCAAACAAAAACUCAUUUCUAAAGAGAAAGCACAGAAGAAAGCUUAUA